GUCAACAAUCAGAAUGUAAUAACAAAGAUAAGUAAUUUUUUUUUUAUAUUUUAAUAUCCAAUAAUUACAUAGCCCGAUCGUAAAUUACAGUAAUGUAAUAUGUGAGAUUAAAAAUUAACGUAAACCAAACAAAUAAAAGUCAUCAUCAUGGAUCAUUAUCUGACCACGUACAGGAAAGACUAUCUCUGGCCCAACCUACCUGGUUCAGGCGAUGUUACCGGCGGAGGGCUUGCUGAAGUCCCAAAACUAUCUGGACAAGAGCUAGCCUUCUACCAAGCAUGUAUGCAGCACAGCCGUCCUCCGGACUGCAGAUGCCCUCAGAACUCUGGAGAAGAGAUACCGCAACUGCCGCCUGGCAAAGAGGGGGGGUGGAGUCGAAAUGAGAUCAUGGGACAAAUGUUGGAUCCAAAACUUUAUCCAGUCCGUGUGGGAGCAGCACCUGAAGCUCCAACGUCGCGUUAUGAUCAACCAAAUGCUUUCUUAGAUAAGCUUCAGUCCAAAUACCCAAUGCUGUACAGUAUCCUGCAGAACGAAGCGUCGCCUGAACUGAAACAGCGAAUAGAUCGUGAUAGAAACAAAACCACUUACCAGACGGAUUUCUGCGAAUCAGGUCCAGGCGCAAAAUUCCAAGAUCUUCAAAGAGCAGCGGAUGAGAGCGGCACGGGGCCGUGUGCGCAGCCCAUGCGCCUACCCGGCGACCCUUGCCGGGUUGGCCCCAAGCCCCGGAUGACUACCACAAAAACAAUCUCCAAGCAAGUCGGUGCUAGCGCCGGCAGUGACCCUAGGGGCAAAUGUGAAACCACAUCAGCAACGCCACCUCUGGGUAAAUCUGAAUACCAAGAUGGUGUUUCAAAACUCGGCGCAAUCAUUAUGAGAGAUAAGAUACACAGAAGAUAAAUUAUCGGUAAAUAUGAAAUGUUUAAUCAUGGUAUGGAAUAAAUGUUUACGAAAAUUUA